CAUCUUCCGCAACCUCAUCUUCUUGUGUAAGGGCAAAAGCUAGGCCGCACCUUGUAGGCUUGACAUCAAGGUAGGAAGUCUGUAUUUCUCUUUUCUUUUCAACCCUCAAUGGCGGACAAGAUUCCCAAAUUCUCAGAGCUUCCUAUUGACAAGUCAGGUCCACACCACAACGCUUGGGGCUUGUACGGCAAAGAUGAUCAACUUGGCACCCUUAACCGCCUUACGAACGAUGUCGUUAAAGCUGCGUCAAGCGAGAUUAAAACUGGCGUAAGGAUUGGUCUUGAUUGGCCACUUGACGCUCAAGGGGACCUUCCUUUCUUUGGUCGGCAGGCAUUCCACAAGAACGUCUAUCAGAAGCCGCCUCGGAUAGUCAACGACGAUGUCUGGACAUUCAACACUCAGAGUAGCACGCAAUGGGACGGCCUGAGACACUUUGGCUACCAGAAGGAAGCCAAGUUCUACAAUGGCGUCACAUUGGACCACAUUCACGGCACCAAUGGUGUGGAGAAGAGUAACGUGAACGGCAUCGGCGAGUGGAGCAAGCAGGGUAUUGUUGGUCGGGGCAUACUGCUGGAUUAUCACGAAUGGCGCAUAAAGCAAGGACGCGACCAUACUGCAUUCGAGACGAGCAGCAUCUCCUGCGCAGACCUCAAGCAAGUGGGGAAGGAUCAAGGCACUGAGAUCAAGUUUGGAGACAUCUUGCUCAUUCGCUCCGGCUAUAUGGAUGCAUACAACAAGCUCUCCCGCUCCGAAAUCGAGGACAUGAGAGGCAAACAGCCGCUCACCUUCGCCGGUGUCGAGCAGAGUGAUGAGAUGAUGGAGUUCCUGUGGUCGAACUUCAGUGCCGCUGGUGGUGACCAUCCCAGCUUUGAGGCAUGGCCAACGCAGAAGGACUAUGCAUUACAUGAGGUGAUGUUGGGUGGCUGGGGUAUGCCGAUUGGUGAGCUGUUUGAUCUAGAGGCGCUCGCGGCGCAUUGCAAGAAGGAAGGCCGGUAUAGCUUCUUCUUGACAAGUGAGCCAUGCAAUGUGCCGGGUGGUGUAGCUAGCCCCCCGAAUUCGCUUGCUAUAUUCUGAUAGCAAUUAAGCUGCUUGGUUAUUUUACGAGCGCUGGCGAGGUGUAGUACGACCUUACAUGUGCCAGCUU